AUGGCAGCGCACCUGUUCUACUUCCCACCACCCAUACCACCAGGCUACUUCGCAAAGAAACGAACCCAGUCAAUGCCAUUGCCACAGCCUCCCCAGACCUUGAUCGACGUAACAACGGACAACAGCACCACUAUGGAUUCCAGCAACCGCAACGACAGCUUCUCAAGCAACGGCUCCCAGUCCCCAACAACAAACGCAAGCCACGAUGCAGCAAGAGGCAACAGUGCCCUAGCCGCACAUCGAAACCCUAGAAUCUUCAACGCAGCACCCAACGUCCGAACCCGCAGCAUAGGCGGCUUCGGCAACUCCAGCGUUGUCUUUGAACGAGACGCCCCUCCCACCGACGACGACGUGAUAAUAGUAACCGUCCGCCUCAGCAACAACUUCCGCAAAUCCUCCAUCGACGGCGCCUCAGACCUCCCCAGCCGCCCGCCAGCCAGGUCCUUCUUCCGCCGGAUCUCAACCCGCAUGAGCGACAACUGGGACACAGCAGCAGAGAAGGAGCAAAGGUACAAGGCAAUCAAGAUGCCCAGGGGCGAGUACAAACGGCACUUUGCGAGGGAUCGGGAAGGGAAUUAUGCAGGCACGGAACCGGAGAGGGAGUGGGAUGAGGAGGAGGUGAUGAGGGAGUAUGCGGCUUAUCAGGAGGUGCCGUUGCAUACGAUUUUGUGUUGA